AUGCUAGAAAAGGUGGAUGAAUGCCAACAAUUAACCAAUCACCAAAAAUUAAUAUCAAUAUCGGACUUAAUAUCAUCAGCGAGUUUUCAAAACUUAAAGUCCCUAGGAUAUACAAAAUUAAGCAUACAAUAUGGGAAAAGUUGUGAAGCCUAUAAUGAGACGAUGAAAAUACAAAUUGUUGGAUACGAUUAUAAAUCAUCAUUAAAUCAAAGAUAUUUAGAGUCCGAUUUGAUAAUAAGUCAUGCUG